UUCUAAGCUGCUUCGGCUGGACUGUGAUGGCCGGAGAGAUGACGAUCUUAGGAUCAGCCGUUCUGACUCUCCUGUUGGCUGGCUAUUUCGCGCAACAAUAUUUACCACUGCCUACUCCUAAGGUGAUUGGAAUUGACCUUGGCACUACCUACUGUUCAGUUGGGGUGUUUUUUCCUGGAACAGGAAAAGUAAAGGUCAUUCCAGAUGAAAAUGGGCACGUCAGCCUACCCAGCAUGGUGUCCUUUACUGACAACGAUGUUUAUGUGGGGUAUGAAAGCUUAGAGCUGGCGGACUCAAAUCCUCAGAACACAAUAUAUGACGCUAAAAGAUUCAUAGGCAAGAUUUUUACCCCAGAAGAGCUAGAAGCUGAAAUUGGCAGAUACCCAUUUAAGGUUUUAAACAAAAAUGGAAUGGUUGAGUUUUCUGUGACAAGUAAUGAGACCAUCACCGUUUCCCCAGAAUAUGUUGGCUCUAGACUGUUGCUGAAAUUAAAGGAAAUGGCAGAGGAAUAUCUUGGAAUGCCAGUUGCCAAUGCUGUUAUUUCUGUACCAGCAGAAUUUGAUCUAAAACAGAGAAAUUCGACAAUUCAAGCUGCUAACCUUGCAGGACUGAAGAUCUUAAGAGUAAUAAAUGAACCCACAGCAGCAGCUAUGGCCUAUGGUCUCCACAAAGCUGAUGUCUUUCACGUCUUGGUGAUAGAUUUGGGCGGAGGAACUCUAGAUGUGUCAUUGCUGAAUAAACAAGGAGGAAUGUUUUUAACCCGAGCGAUGUCUGGAAACAAUAAACUUGGAGGACAAGACUUCAAUCAAAGAUUGCUUCAGUACUUAUAUAAACAGAUCUAUCAAACAUAUGGCUUCCUACCCUCUAGGAAAGAGGAAAUCCACAGAUUAAGACAAGCUGUAGAAAUGGUCAAAUUAAACCUGACUCUUCAUCAGACUGCCCAGAUGUCAGUAUUACUAACGGUGGAGGAAAAGGACGGGAAGGAACCUCAGAGUAGUGACACUGAACCGCCAAAGGACGAACUUUCCCCGGCAGACAGCCCCCAUGUGAACAGCAUGUUUGGAGCUAGCCUUCCUGAAAAGAAGAAUGGAGAAAGUCAGGUUUUAUUUGAAACAGAAAUAUCACGGAAGCUCUUUGACACCCUUAAUGAAGAUCUUUUCCAGAAAAUACUCGUACCCAUUCAGCAAGUGUUAAAAGAAGGCCACCUGGAAAAAACUGAGAUUGAUGAGGUGGUUUUGGUUGGGGGCUCAACUCGUAUUCCUCGAAUCCGCCAAGUCAUUCAAGAGUUCUUUGGAAAGGAUCCCAACACGUCUGUAGACCCUGACUUGGCAGUGGUGACAGGAGUGGCUAUCCAAGCAGGGAUUGAUGGAGGCUCUUGGCCUCUCCAGGUCAGUGCGUUAGAAAUUCCCAGUAAGCAUUUACAAAAGACCAACUUCAACUGAAUUAUGGAGGGAUGGUCAUUUGAGAUCUUGUCUGAUGAUCUCUUCCUAUUUAUCAGACCAUUUCUGUCCACUAAAUAAAGUCUCUAAAAUAUCUCACACAUUUACCUAAAAGGUAACAUUUAUAUAUAUGAAAUUUUACAGAACAUUUUGUUUUAGAAUUGAAUGUGACCAGAUUGAUCCUUGAUUUUGGAGAGAUCCCAUUCCAACAAGUACUUCUAAAGUGAAAGAAUUGAGGUAAAACUCUUAUAGGAGCAUAGGUGACUGUAUUUUCUGGAUUCUGGAAGUAGAUAUCCAUGUGCACUUAAAACUAGAUUCUAUAAACAUUGCCUAGUGCCAAUUAUAGGAUUCCCAGUUCUUACUAAAUUAUAUUAGCAGGAGCUGGUAAUUUAUUUACUUGGUUAUCACAUGUAACUCUUAAAUUUGAACUAUACUUGAAGGACAGUGUUGAUGUCAGGUACUUACAGUGGCUGGGAGAUAGUAGUAUUAUUAAUAUAAGCUGCAUAUAUAAUAUUCAAUAACUGCCAUAUAUAACAAAAUUACUUUCACAAAUUCAGUAUCCCAUUUUGUGUCCUAUUCCUAUAACCUGCAUUCUCCAGAUUUUCAAAAUAUAUUUAUUGGAUCAAUUUAUUUUCUUUCUAAAAUAGCUACAGAUUUAUUCAAAUGUUUCAUUACCAAUUUAUAUUUUAGUUCUUCAUCUGCUAUGUGUCAUUCUCUGCUUGGAUUUCCAUGAUUCUGCAUGGUUUGAAAACAAUAGAGAAUUAUUAAUUACAUUUUAAAAAUGUGUUAAUGUCACAAUAAAGCCGUCAUUACUAUAAAUUUUUUUUGUUAUUUAAGACCUUUGUAGACAUUGAUAAACAGCAGUAAUUAGGUACAGUAUUUAUUUAUUUUAUGUUUUUGUUUCAUUGUUUAUUUUCAGUAAGCCCUGGAGAAUUUAGCUUGCAUUUGAUUCAGUUUUACCAAGAUUUUUUCCCCGUAUUUAGUUUUAAAUGAGGAAAAUUGUACUCAUUUGUAAAAACCUUGUUAUUGUUUCCUACCAUCAUUUAAAAAUAAUCAGACUUGGACUGUUUUUAGCCUUAAGGUUAGUGUGUGAUGAGAGCAAAAAAUUUGUGAAUACUGGAAAUAAUGUGGAAAUCUAAUGUGGAAGACGAUGUGAAAAAAAUGUCCACAAAUCUGUAUUUGUAGUAGUUUUGGUUUGUUUCCUUUUAGAAAAGAUGCAGGAACCAAGAAAGAAAAUAUAGUAGUUUUAUUUAUGUGAUGCCCCUAUUAUUUGAAGAUUUUCUUUUUCCUUAAUAGAAGCUACUUCCUAUCAAUACUCAAAAAUUAAACUCUGGUCAGCAGUUUUGCUAAUAUAAAAUAUGUCUGCUUUAUCCAUUGUUGAAUUUGAAAGGAUGUUGAAUUUCCAAUCACUGAAAAAGAGAAAUAAGCAAACUCAUUUCAACAACAUCAAAACAUUUCUGCUUCUCAUAGUAAAAAUCUGAGUGUUUUUUGCAGAUCUUAAAAAAAAAAAAGUUUCUUAGCAAUGAAAUUGCUGUUAAAACAAUUUCAAUCAAAUACUUUUGUGUACAGAAAAUGUCUGUAGUAGGUAAAUAGAAAAAUAUAAAAUGUUGACAUGUUUUAUUUUAGAACUAAGUGGAGAAAUGCCAAAGAGGAAUCCUUCACUGCGUUAUGAAAAUAUUCAAGUGUUCUUUUGGACUUUAUAAAAAUCUUUACUAGAUUUUAAAAUUGAAAAA